AUGUCUGCCGAAGAAAUCGUUGAUGUCACAGAAGAACAAUUCGAAGAACAACAAGAAGAAUUCGAAGUUGUCUCCGAAGUCAAAUACGUUGAUUUGGCCACCAAGAUUCCAAAGGACGUUCAAGACGCUCAAAACUCCGUCAAAUUAUUCAACAAAUGGUCUUAUGACGAUGUUACCGUUAAGGAUAUCUCUUUGACUGACUACAUUCAAAUCAGAACUCCAGUUUUCGUUUCUCACACUGCCGGCCGUUACGCUGCCAAACGUUUCAGAAAGGCUAACUGCCCAAUCAUUGAAAGAUUGACCAACUCUUUGAUGAUGAACGGUAGAAACAACGGUAAGAAGUUGAAGGCUGUCAGAAUCAUCAAGCACGCUCUUGAAAUCAUCCACGUCUUGACUGACCAAAACCCAUUGCAAGUUGUUGUCGAUGCCAUCCUCAACACUGGUGCCAGAGAAGACUCCACCAGAAUCGGUUCUUCCGGUACCGUUAGAAGACAAGCCGUCGAUGUUUCUCCAUUGAGAAGAGUUAACCAAGCUAUUGCUUUGUUGACCAUUGGUGCCAGAGAAUCUGCCUUCAGAAACGUCAAGACUAUUGCCGAAUGUUUGGCUGAAGAAUUGAUCAACGCUGCCAAGGGUUCUUCUACCUCUUACGCCAUCAAGAAGAAGGAUGAAUUGGAAAGAGUUGCCAAAUCUAACCGUUAA